ACGAGACGAGAGAGCUGUGUUGGGGUUGGAGAUUCGCAUCCCCUUCCUUCCCACCCACGGCGAGCGCGGGCCCCACCUCGCCGCCGCCUCCGCGAUCCCUCCCGGCGCAGGUCCGCAUGGCGAGCCCCGGCGAGAGCCCCGCGCGCGGGGACGCGUCGGGGCCGUCCACGAGCCAGGCGGGCGCGGAUGGCGCGGGCGGCGCGUCGCCGGACUCGCUGCGGAACACGCCCUCCAACAUCGCCAGGCUCGAGGACGCCAUCGAGCACUGCGCCGCCCGCCGCAAGUACCUCGCCCGCACCAAGAGCCCCUCCGACGGCGAGGACGUCCGCUGGUACUUCUGCAAGCUGCCCCUCGCCGACAAAGCACUCUCUGCUUCAGUGCCACGGACAGAGAUAGUGGGAAAAGGAGACUAUUUCCGGUUCAGCAUGAGAGACUCUCUUGCAUUGGAGGCGUCCUUCUUAGAGAGGGAGGAAGCUCUGCUUGCUUACUGGUGGAGAGAGUACGCCGAAUGCAGCGAAGGGCCAAGAGGUUCCUUAGUUGCAGCCGAUGCUUCGGACUCCGAAGGUCUGUAUAAAGUGGAGGAAGAACGGGUUGGAGUUCCUGUGAAAGGUGGACUUUAUGAGGUUGAUUUGAUGAGGCGUCAUUGCUUCCCUGUGUAUUGGAAUGGGGAGAACAGGCGUGUCUUGAGGGGCCACUGGUUUGCUCGUAAAGGAGGUCUUGAUUGGAUCCCCUUGCGUGAAGAUGUUUCUGAACAACUUGAGCUAGCAUAUAAUUGUCAGGUCUGGCAUCGCCGCAAAUUUCAACCUUCAGGCUUAUUUGCAGCGCGAGUUGAUCUCCAAGGAAGCACCCCGGAUUUGCAUGCUCUUUUUACUGGAGAGGAUGAUACCUGGGAGGCUUGGCUUGUCUUUGAUACUGGUCCUAAGCUAGUUGGCAAUACAAUCAAAUUAAGGCGUGGUUUUUCAUCUUCUGGAUCUGCGAAGCCUACACAGGAUGAGUUGCGUCAGCAAAAAGAAGAAGAAAUGGAUGAUUACUGUUCUCAGGUUCCAGUAGGUCAUCUGGUAUUUAUGGUUCAUGGGAUUGGCCAAAGGUUGGAGAAAGCUAAUCUUGUUGAUGAUGUUGUCGAUUUCCGCCGUGUAACUGCUAAUUUAGCUGAAAGAUACUUAACUCCUUAUCAAAGAAGUACCCAGAGGGUUCUGUUUAUUCCUUGUCAGUGGAGGAAGAGCCUAAAGCUCAGUGGUGAACAUACUGUUGAUAAAAUCACUUUGGAUGGAGUUAAAGGUCUUCGUGUUGCAUUAGGUGCCACAGUGCAUGAUGUUCUGUAUUACAUGAGUCCUAUAUACUGUCAACACAUAAUUGACUCGGUCUCAAACCAAUUGAACCAGUUGUACAUGAAGUUUAUCAAGAGAAAUCCUGGUUAUAGUGGAAAGGUUUCAAUAUAUGGGCACUCGUUAGGAAGUGUUCUAUCCUAUGACAUACUUUGCCACCAAGAAUCUUCUGCUGCCCCAUUUCCACUAGAUUAUAUGAAUAUGGAAGUUACUUCUGAUGAAGGUCAAAUAGCAAAGUUGCCUGACACAGUUGCUGCAUGUGAGUCAGGCAUAAUGGAGCAAGAUACAUCUUCCACUUUUGGACGUUCUUGUGCUGAUAAUGUAAAUGAUGUAGUUCAUGAAGGGAGCACCAGAACUGAUCCUUCAUGUACAGAGGAUACCACCCGUCCAACAUAUGUGCUUGAAGAUUCAUCAAAAGUUGACACAAAUGCACUACCUAUAGCAGUAGAUGGAGAGCGGAUUGAAGUUGUAAACCAGGUUGAUAAUCAUAAAAUGGUAUGCAGUGAAGAAGGGGACACUUCAUCUGUAAGAGCAAAAGAUGCUGACAGUUGUAGCAUUUCAAGAUCUUCUGAGGAUGUUCAUGAGGAUGUCCUUGACAAAGACACAUUGAUAUCAUCAUUGAAAGAAGAGGUGGAACGCCUUAAAGCUAGACUAGAACAGCUUGAACAGCAGAAUGAUUUGGUGACUGAAAGUAUCAGUGGUGCUGAGUCUCAUCAAGGUAAGAAUGCCAGUCGCACAGUGAAUCUAUCACCAGGCAAAUGGUGCAUGGGGAAAGGAAGCACAAGCGAGUCCUACACACCACACAUCAGAUACACUAAACUGAAUUUUAAGGUUGACACAUUCUUUGCUGUUGGAUCCCCCUUAGGAGUUUUCUUGUCCCUGCGGAAUGUUCGUAUUGGCAUUGGCAGGGGACAAGAUUAUUGGCAAAAUGAGAACAUAGUUGAAGAGAUGCCAAGCUGCCGUCAGAUGUUCAACGUUUUUCAUCCUUUUGAUCCUGUAGCAUACAGAAUUGAACCACUUGUAUGUGAAGAUUAUAUUAGCAAGCGCCCUGUAAUUGUACCCUAUCAUAGAGGGGGAAAGAGGAUACAUGUAGGAGUGCAGGAAUUCACAGAAGAUGUUGCUGCACGGUCUCAAGCUGUUGCCCGUCAGUUCAAGUCACUGAAGGUUAAAGCAGUAGCUGCUUUGCUAUCAUUGAGCAGAAAUGACACAGACGAGGAUGAUGACAGUAAUAAGGAGAAAGAGAAGUCAUAUGGUUACAUGAUGAUGGAAAGGCUGACGGGUUCAUCAGAUGGCCGGAUUGACCAUGUACUUCAGGAGAAAACAUUUCAACACCCAUACUUGUCUGCCCUGGGAUCUCACACCAAUUACUGGCGAGACCAUGAUACUGCUCUCUUCAUUCUCAAACAUCUGUACCGUGAUAUACCUGAAGAAGCACCAACCGAUGAACCUGAAAGAAUGCCUAUUCGACUAUUCUAUGUGAGGGACCCAAUUGCUGAAGAGACUCCCUUGACGUUUUCAGACAAUUCUUUAGUUAAGGAAUUCUCAAGAAAAGUGAGAACUUAUUCAAGAAAAUCGGAGAACGACGCAAGCUGUGAAUCUUCCUGAUGGAUAUGCUAUGAUCUCACCGAGGGGUAGACAUGGACAGGAGGAACACUUGGGAUAGAGGGAUGUGUGGUUCAUAGUUCAUGCUUGACCACAGAAUCGAAGCAUCCGGGUGAAUUCUGUACAUAAAAAUCUGCCCGGUUGUUGUGCCGCUUGGUAUCUAAACAAAAGACAAAAAAUGUAAUAUUGUACAUGUGCAAAUAAGGCUUAGAUAGGAAAAAGGAAAAGAUAUUAGUUUCUGCCAAUUGGCAAGAGUCCCACCCAAGCGUAUGUAUACUCUGGUUAACAGUUCCAAGGGGUAGAGAGGGUUCACAACAAGAGCGUGGGUGCCCAUCUUUUGACUUUUUAAAGUAAAA